CUAGGACAGCCACCGAUGCCAUUCGACACUUGCCGAGUUAGGGGGUGUACUUCGGAUUACUACGCCGUCAAGUUCCCCUCGAGCAUUUCGAAUUACCCCCUCAAACUUCCCCUUUACUAUGUCUAUAAAAUGGGUUCCCUCCAGUCUCUUCGUCUCCCACUGUAUCCUGAUCUUCGACCACAAUGGCCAACACUAUCAACCUGAAGUACUUGACCAAUCUCACUCAUGACAUCGAAAGCCGUCUACACGACUACGUUGUAGAUUGCAUAGUCAAUGCGGUAGAAUUCUCAAGGGGAAAUCUAUUCCCUCGUCGCUGCUGCCCCCCCUCGCAACUACCAGAGUACUCACUCCUCAGACAGUUUGCGGUGAGGAUGAUAAAGAAAUCCGGUGUCUCUGUCUAUGGGAUCGCAGUUGCCCUGGUCUAUAUCGACCGCCUGAAGCGGGAGGAACUACUUGCAAACUAUAAGGAAGCAGUUUAUGAACGCUUGUUCAUAGGAACUCUCGUCUUAGCCUUGAGACACCUGGGUCAUGGUGAUUCGACGGCGAGUCACGAUUGGGCAAGGAUGAGCAUGUUGUUCAACAGAGCGGAAGUUGAAGAGUUGGAGCCGCAGUUUAUCGUUGCAUUGGAUCACAGACUGGAUGUUGCGGGCUAUGAGCUCCUCCCACAUCAACUAGUGAUUUCCCAGAUCGCCAGCUCUCUGACCACCCCCAGAAUAUGUCCCCUCCAUGACAAUUCGCGCCCGAUGAAAGCCAACUUCUGGCUACCUGAUCACUACUACACGAAGAGUUCGCGCACAUUACCGGUGCUGCAAGGGUAUCCCGACGUCGAUAAACCUCUCCCCAAGACUCCAUGCCGAAAUUACCUCCGCUCUUUGUUCUCGCUUGGCAGCGGUAGCUCUUUUAAUUACGCCCACUGCAUACCCUUGCCUGCUCACUGAAUCCUACCCUCGCCAUCACAUCCUCGUUGCCUGAACCAUGGUUAGUGGAAGCUGCCAAUGGAAGAGCCUAGUGUUGGCACGAUCUGCUAUGUCUAUCCUUCAUGUACCUCUGUUGACACUAGCUAACAGACGUGUAUAGCAAGUGUAAUUAGCUUAGGAAAUAAAG